AUGAAAUCCAUAGAAGAGGAUGCUCCACCACAAGAUCCAGAGGAUCUUAUAUUUUAUCUUCCCAUAGAUCAGACGCUGGUUCAGAGGGAACUAGUGGAGAUAAUGGUGAAAUUGCACAGACCAAGCAUUCUCAAAAUUCUUGGUAAACUAAAGGUAGAAUCUGGUGCCCCGCUAUAUCCGGUGGAAGGCUCGUUUGUUGAUGAUAGUGUGAUGCUGGAAGCAUUUGUAUCAAAUGUGAAACAGAUUGGUAAUCAUCCAACGUUGUUAGUCAAUCAUUUCAUUCCCAAAAACCUGUUGCUUCUCGAUACGAAGGAAAAUAUUAUUAAUUCCUCUUUGAAAUAUGUGAAACUCGAUGAACUAUUGAACAGAUUAACAGAAAGAAAGCAGCCCAAGACGAUCAUUAUCAGUGUCUCUAAUGGUAAGGAGUUGGAUCUUGUGGAGUCCAUCCUUAUCGGUAAGAAUGGCAUGCAAUACUACCGUUUCAGUGGUGCUUCCAUCUAUUAUAAGAAUCAUGGAUCAUUUGAUUUUUCUAAAAAAACCCAUGUUUCAGACAAUGAGGAUUCGGAAACCAUCGACUCUCAUGAUGACAACUUUGAAUCCAAAUCUUCCACUCCGUCUUCUCAUUCCUUUGGAAAGUCAAGAAAAAGGAAGGUGAGAGGUUCGUAUGAAAAGGACAAGUCUGCUCAUAUUCGGGGGGGUCACCGUGGAAAUGGUCGAGGUGGUAAUAAUAGUAAUGGUAAGCAUAAAGCCAGCGAUGAUUACACGCCCAGAAUCUCGAAGAAUAGUCCGCUGUACCAGAAGAUUCAGGCCGAAAAGCAUAACUCAAAGCUCAGUGUAUACUUGAUUCUCUCCAAUCAGUUGAAGUACCUUACACAAUUUGAAGAGUUGAAAAGCGAUUUGAUCAUUACCUUAGAUUCAAAUCUGAAGCAGGUCACUCCUAAGAAGUUGCAAGUGCCCAUCUUGAAGUUGAUUAUUACCAAUUCUUUGGAAUAUUUUGACCAGCAAUUACAGCGGGAAGUACCCACAUUACGGGCAAGCCCGGAAAUUUACAACAAAUUCCUUGCGUAUUUGACGGUGGCUUAUAGAUCGACUGUGAAUACCAGUGAUAACAACUCUCCUGUAGGUGAGAACCUUAUCGAUUGGAUGAUGGAUGUGAGACAUAGGCCAUUUCCCGAUGAUUUGAGAAUACCCAGAUUUCCAGUAGCAAGUCUCAGAAUUGAGGAUUUAGCAAGUCAAUGUGAGGAGUCUAUGGAGAACAUUCAAUUUGAAAAGCCCUACGAUGUGAAGAAGUACAAAUUUUACGAUAUUGGCUUGAAUUCAGAGCACAAAGAACAAAAUGGUCAUAAAAAGCCGAAAUUGGAGGAGCUCGAAGUUCCUGCUGUAAUGUCAUACAGAAAAUAUCAGAUUUUACUAGCUCAAAUGGUUUACGAAAGAUGCAAAGAGUUGGGAAACGCCAUUACGAAAAAGAAGGAGAGUUUGGCUGUGAUUCAUACGGACGAUUCAAAAAGGCAGUUUACGAUGGAGUCAAACAAUGCUGAAAUUGGAAUAAUGUACAAGAAGUUACGAAGCGACAAGACAAGUAACGAGUCGAUGAGUAAACAGUUAGAUAGGUUGACUGGGGACCUUUCCAAGUUAAAGGGAAUACUUGAACAAUUGCAGAAUCGUACGUCUGAGUAUGAAAAAAAGGCACAGUCUGGAACAUCUGAUGAAGAUGUUAAACUCAAAGAGAAUGCAUUAAAUGACUUAAAUGAGCAACUUGAAGGAUUAAGGGUUGGGUUGAAAAAGAAUAAUAAUACGGAUGAAGCUCUCAGAGCACAAUAUCAGAGUAAAUCAUCUGAAGCUGCAAGGCUGUCAACGGAAUCUGGCCUAUUAGACAAGAAAAUCGAGGGUCUUAAUAAGGAAUCAGGAGGAUUGUUUAAGCGACUCGAAGAGAGGCAGGUCGAUUACGAGAUUGAAGACAUGCAAAGAAAAGUGGAUGAUCUCAACAGAGACAAUAAUUUUCUGGAGUCUUAUAUCGAUCAUCUUGAUGUCGCCCUGAAGAAGCGACAGAGGUCCGGUCCUCAGAGUCUCCGUAAAACUAGCAGAAGUGGUACGCCACUCUGA